UUGUUUUCUUCUUUAUAGGUGCGUAUCAGAGAGUCAACGUUCCUUAGCUCUAGCAAUGCAGUUUUUAUUCUUGCGUCUGCUUUCUGGCAUCCCUUCGCCUGUUUUGGUUGGCGCCAUGAUCGACGCUACGUGUACAUUAUGGAAUACAAAGUGUAACGUUAAUCAAAACUGUUUGAACUACGACUACAGCAAACUGGGAAGGAUUAUAGUGACAAUGGGAGCUCCUUCACAAUUUUUAUCUCUGAUUUUCUUUGGAUUGUCUUGGCAUUGCAGUAAAGACAGCACUGAUUCAACUACUAUCGCUGGCAAAGCAGGCAUUGAAAACAAAGGCGCAGACUUAAAUGACAACUUAGAACUGAACAAGCUUAAUGAUCGCCGACCUCGUUCAGAGUCCAUAGUAACAUCCUUCUGAAUAAUCGAGACGCCAUUGUAACAAAGAACUUUUAUUAUUUCGUACGUAUACAACACGCGCCAACUCCCAAGCGCGUUCCCAGGCCCAGUGUGAAAAUCCCUGUUUAAACCACAGGGUACCCACGAGAU